UGAUGUCUGAUCCACCGCUUUACCCCGUUAUGGUAUUUACAAUGAAUCUCGGGAAUGUAAUUGGAAACUGCACACAGCUAACUUUACAACAAAUGCUCACAUUACCAAAGCAAGGUCAAGUAUUGUUAAUAUCUUUAACGCACACGGCAUCAGCGGCGCUGUGGCUUAGUUGGUUAAAGCGCCUGUCUAGUAAACAGGAGAUCCUGAGUUCGAAUCUCAGCAGUGCCUUUUUGAGACGAUGGCCAAUGAGGCGAAGCCUUGUCCAUGUGACAUGGGAUACAUGAUGGAGUACGGCGGUGUUGGCCAGGAGGUCCAGAUAGAACACAUCAAGGCCUACCUGGUCAAGCCUCCCUCUGAUUCAGACAAGGCCAUCAUCAUCAUUCAGGACAUCUAUGGCUGGCAGCUACCCAACACCAGAUACAUGGCUGACAUGCUGGCCUCCAAUGGAUACAUUGCAGUGUGCCCUGACUUCUACAUUGGAAAGGAGCCAUGGAGUCCAUCACAUGAUUGGUCUACCUUUCAGCAGUGGUUGGAGGACAAGAAGCCCACCAAUAUCAACAAGGAGGUGGACGCAGUCCUGAGGUUUCUGAAGAGCCAGUGUGGGGCCCAGCGUAUUGGGGCAGUGGGCUUCUGCUGGGGGGGGGUGGCCACCCACUACCUGGCUCUGCAGUACCCUGAGGUCAGGGCAGGGGUAUCUGUCUAUGGAAUCAUCAGGGAGAGGGAGGACAGGUAUGAACUGAAGAGCCCGACACUGUUUAUCUUCGGAGAGAAGGAUGACGUCAUCCCACUGGACCAGGUGAGUGUCCUGGAGAAGAACCUGCAGGAGAAGUGUACAGGUGUAGACUACCAUGUGAAGGUCUUCCCAGGUCAGACUCAUGGCUUUGUUCACCGGAAGAGAGAGGACAUCAACACCACAGACCAGCCCUGCAUCCAGGAGGCCAGGACAGACAUGCUCAACUGGUUACAGAAAUACAUGUAGAAUAUCUACAGUGCAGUUGUCUAUCAUCUGCCGUCCAUGGUAGAGUGAACAGAAAGGAUAAAAACACAAAUCCAAUUUCUCUACACCACUAAGCUUAUUAAAAAUAAAUAGCUAAUGUAAUUGAUCAUCAGCUCUGAGGUAAUUUCCACGUAUGUCCUUUCUGAAUAGCAGCCUAUCUGGUGAUUAUCAUGCCCAUUGUAUUUAUCAUGAUCAAAUUCAAGCUGUGUUUUAAUGUGGAAUCUGCAGUUGCCAUAUUUGUAGUAUACUUUAGUUUUGUACCUUUUUCUUGCAGUAGAUUGUAUACAUGAUCUCUUCAUUGUAUACAUGAUCUCUUCAUUGUAUACAUGAUCUCUUCAUUGUAUACAUGAUCUCUUCCUUGUAUACAUGAUCUCUUCAUUGUAUACAUGAUCUCUUCCUUGUAUACAUGAUCUCUUCCUUGUAUACAUGAUCUCUUCCUUGUAUACAUGAUCUCUUCCUUGUAUACAUGAUCUCUUCAUUGUAUACAAGAUCUCUUCCUUGUAUACAUGAUCUCUUCCUUGUAUACAAGAUCUCUUCAUUGUAUACAUGAUCUCUUCAUUGUAUACAUGAUCUCUUCAUUGUAUACAUGAUCUCUUCCUUGUAUACAUGAUCUCUUCAUUGUAUACAAUCUGUACGUUUUGCAUACAUAAUCUGUUCAUUUUGUAUGCAUUGUACACAUUACCUCUUCAUUGUAUACAUUAUCUGUACAUUUCGUAUACAUUAUCAAACCAGGCAUUACUUUUAACUGCAAAGUGUAAAUGUCAUAUAAAUGCAAGUAUAUUUUAUUUCUGAUUUGAUGUUUGUGUAUAAUAUCAUGUAAUACCCAAUGAUAUCAAUAAAGAUAUUAUGAUUCA